AUGACCAUUACGACGGAAAUGGUCGGCGGGCAGAGUGACGAUGUGCACCAGCAGCCUGCGCACAUCCCUCCGGCUCCCAUGGGCGACUACGUUUUUCCAGAACUUCGUCUCAAGGGCAAGAUGAAUGACCCGGAGAAGACCCCGCUGCUGCUCGUGGCCUGCGGCUCUUUCUCGCCCAUUACAUAUCUGCAUCUGCGCAUGUUCGAGAUGGCUGCCGAUUACGUCAAGUUCAGCACGGACUUUGAACUCAUCGGUGGUUAUUUGUCGCCCGUGUCGGAUGCCUAUCGUAAGGCUGGUCUGGCCAGUGCAGAGCAUCGUGUUGCUAUGUGCCAAUUGGCAGUCGAUCAAACCUCGGAUUGGUUGAUGGUGGAUACUUGGGAACCGAAUCAGAAGGCAUAUCAGCCAACUGCUGUCGUGUUGGAUCACUUUGAUCACGAGAUUAACACCGUUCGUGGAGGUGUCGAGGCUGGAGAUGGUACCCGCAAGCCUGUGCGAAUUGCCCUGCUUGCCGGUGCCGAUCUGAUCCACACCAUGUCUACCCCCGGUGUUUGGAGUCAGAAGGAUUUGGACCACAUCCUGGGCAAAUAUGGCUCCUUCAUUGUGGAGCGAAGUGGAACCGAUAUUGACGAGGCUCUAGCGAGUCUGCAGCCAUGGAAGGAGAAUAUCCACGUUAUCCAGCAGCUCAUCCAAAAUGACGUUAGCAGCACCAAGAUCCGACUUUUCCUGCGCCGUGAGAUGAGCGUUCGCUAUCUUAUCCCCGUGCCCGUCAUCCAUUAUAUCGAGCAGCACCAUCUAUAUGAGGAUGACGGCACUUCGAAUGAGAAGGGCAAGGAGAGGCAAGAGCCCGGCAAGUCAGGGUGA